UCACGUGACCAGGAGUUCCGUGACCUUCUUGAGCAGAAUAAACGGCGUGUAGUGUGUGUAGCAGUCUUCCGUGCCGUUUGCAGCAGGUUUACACUCAGUAUAUCAUGGCUUUCGUGACACAUCGAUUUAUUAGAACGAUCUCCUCCACCACUGUACGGAAUGCGGCGAUUAAACAUGUUACGAUCAUUGGAGGUGGACAGAUGGGCGCAGGCAUUGCACAGGUUGCUGCAGCCACAGGCCACUCGGUGGUGUUGGUGGACACUUCCGAAGAGAUCUUGAAGAAGUCCGCCAAAGGCAUUGAGGGCAGUUUGAAAAGAAUCGCCAAGAAGAAGUUUGCAGACAAGCCAGAGGCAGGAGAAGAGUUCAUUCAGAAGGUGAUGAAGAAUGUGACGACGAGCACAGAUGCCGCAUCAGUGGUUCCUGGCACUGACCUGGUGCUGGAGGCCAUAGUGGAGAACCUCAAGGUCAAGCAAGGCCUCUUUGGUAGUCUGGACAAAGUGGCCCCUGAGCACACUAUAUUUGCAAGCAAUACCUCAUCUCUCCCCAUCACUGACAUUGCCAGCUCCACAGCCAGGCUGGACCGGUUUGGAGGUCUGCACUUCUUCAACCCUGUUCCCUUGAUGAAACUGGUGGAGGUCGUCCAAACACCGAUGACGAGUCAGACAACCUUCGAUGCUCUCCUUGACUUCAGCAAAGCUUUGGGAAAACAUCCAGUGUCUUGCAAAGACACUCCUGGAUUUAUCGUGAAUCGCCUCCUGGUGCCUUACAUGAUGGAAGCGAUCCGACUACACGAGAGGGGCCAUGGGUCAAAGGAAGACAUUGAUGUGGCCAUGAAACUUGGUGCCGGCUACCCCAUGGGCCCGUUUGAGCUCCUUGAUUACGUUGGACUGGACACUGCAAAAUUCAUCAUUGACGGCUGGCAUGCUAUGGAGCCUGAAAACCCGCUGUUCAGUCCGAGCCCCAUGUUGAACAAACUGGUGGAGGAGGGGAAGUUCGGGAAGAAGACCGGCGAAGGGUUCUAUAAGCACAAGUAACACUAUAAGGCACGACCAGCUGCUGAGCAUUAGUGAUCAGCCUGAGGUAAAUUUGCACUAGCCCACAGCUGGAGGCCAAGGAAGUCAAAGGCUGUAUUGUUGAAAUAGUGAAAAUUCAGGUGCAACACAGAGUGCCUUCCUGAACAACGUAACUGUUGUCAUUUGGUACACAUGUAUGAGAAUGAGUCUUUCUAUCAUGAAAUUUAAUAUGAAAUUAAAGGGAUUUUUUUUGUCAAA